UCCGCUCCGAGCCGUCACUGUUUGGACGGGUUGCCGGAGUUUGGUGAAGAAAACCUCUCCAUCCUCGGACCCCAGCUGUGUGGUCCAGCCCGGAAAACCGAGAGCGUUGGACUUACCUGGUGCUGCUGCAGGAUCCAGCUGACCUGAGAAAAAGUCCAUAAUUGGGCUCGGUUCUGGAUAGAAGCUGUGAAAUCAGAGGUUUUCUGAGUGCAGACCAUUCUAGUUCCGACCAAAACUACAGACCUCCCUGAAUCAAAGCUGAGCGUCCUGCCUUCCUGACCGUUCCUUUACCUGGGAUCAGCACCGAGAUGCUCCGUAGUGACAGGAAGCAGGAUUCCAGCACGCAGGAAGGGGAACAGUGGUCAAGACAGACGACGAUCGGCUGACGGGCUUCUUUCCAUUAGAUCUUAGCCACCUUCGAGAUCUUUCUCUCUGAUAGCAGAAGAUGUCAGCUGAUAACAGCUCACCGCCAUCUCUGCCCUCAAUGAGGUCGUUCCCUGCCCUCCCCCAGCACCAGGCUCCGCCCACCCCUUCGCCGUCACCCAGUCCGCCCACCACCAUCUGCGGCCGGCUGUCCAACGGCAGCCAAACGGGCCCCAGUCCCACCAACUCCAGGGGGUCUCUGCAGGGCAUCUCCUUCCUGUUGCAGAUCGGACUCACCAGAGAGACGGUGACACUGGAUCCUGGAGACAUGUCGCUGUUGGCAGUUCGAGAGCUUGUCUGCUCCAUCGUGGAUCAGAAGUUCCCAGAAUGUGGAUUUUUCGGAAUGUACGACAAGAUCCUGCUCUUCCGUCACAACCUAAGCUCGGACAACAUCCUGCAGCGUCUGACGUCAGCCGAGGAGAUCCUGGAGGGUGACCUGGUGGAGGUGGUGCUCUCAGCUCUCGCCACGCAGGAGGACUUCCAGAUCCGGCCUCACGCUCUCUACGUGCACUCGUACAAAGCCCCGGCGUUCUGCGACGACUGCGGCGAGAUGCUGUGGGGUCUCGUCAGACAGGGCCUGAAAUGUGAAGGAUGUGGGCUGAACUACCACAAACGCUGUGCGUUCAAGAUCCCCAACAACUGCAGCGGGGUCAGGAAGAGACGGCUGUCCAACGUGUCUCUGCCGGGCCCCACCAUGUCCGUGGCUCGCCCCCCUUCCACCGAGCUCCCCCCGGUGCCGCAGGAAGAGCGCCCCCUCCUGGGUGCUGGGAAGCGUAAUUCCCUGCUGAGCGGCCGUCCCAUCUGGAUGGAGAAGAUGGUGCUGGGUCGGGUUAAGGUCCCUCACACCUUCUCUAUCCACACCUACACCCGCCCCACCAUCUGCCAGUACUGCAAGCGGCUGCUGAAGGGGCUUUUCAGACAGGGCCUGCAGUGCAAAGAUUGUAAGUUUAACUGCCAUAAGAGAUGUGCUGCCAAAGUUCCUCGGGAAUGUCUGGGUGAGGUGGACUUUAACGGAGAGCCACUUAGUCCCAGUCUGGACUCAGAGGCCACUAUGGAGGUGGAUAACUUCGACAUAAACAGUGACGGAGGACAAAGUAUGGACGAGCAGGACGAGCCGUCCACACCUGAGGACAAAGUCUUCUUCAUGGAGGGUCCAUGCACAGAUGGAGAGAAAGACGAUGAGACCAUCAGAGCAAUCAGCCCGUGCACCAGCAGCAACAUCCCUCUGAUGAGAGUGGUGCAGUCCAUCAAACACACCAAAAGGAAAAGCUCCACGGUGGUCAAAGAGGGCUGGAUGGUGCACUACACGAGCCGGGACAACCUGAGGAAGAGGCAUUACUGGAGGCUGGACACCAAGACUCUGACUCUGUUCCAGAACGAAAGCGGAGCCAAGUUUUACAAGGAGAUCCCGCUGUCCGAGAUCCUGCAGGUGGAGGCGGCGCAGGACUUCGGCAGCCUUCCUCAGGGCAGCAACCCCCACUGUUUCGAGGUCAUCACUGCCACCAUGGUCUACUACGUCGGGGAGGAUUUUGGUGGCCCGCACCACAACCCGGUCUUGGCAGCGUCUGGCGUGGGCCGGGUCGUGGGUCGAAGCUGGGAGAAGGCCAUCCGACAGGCACUGAUGCCGGUCACCCCCAAGGCCAGUGUCAGGGCGGGGCCGAGCAAGGACCACAAGGAACUCGCCAUCAGUAUAUCUGUGUCCAACUCCCAGAUCCAGGAGAACGUGGACAUCAGCUCAGUGUAUCAGAUCUUUGCUGAUGAGGUUCUUGGAUCAGGCCAGUUUGGGAUCGUUUAUGGAGGGAAACACAGGAAGACUGGCCGAGACGUGGCAAUCAAAAUCAUUGAUAAAAUGAGGUUUCCCACCAAGCAGGAGAGCCAGCUGAGGAACGAGGUGGCCAUCCUCCAGAACCUCCACCACCCAGGCAUCGUUAAUCUGGACUGCAUGUUUGAGACACCUGAGCAGGUGUUUGUGGUCAUGGAGAAGCUUCAUGGCGACAUGCUGGAGAUGAUUUUAUCCAGUGAGAAGAGCAAACUGCCUGAACGCCUCACCAAGUUUCUUGUGACACAGAUCCUGGUGGCUCUCAGGCAUCUUCACUUCAAGAAUAUUGUCCACUGUGACCUAAAGCCUGAGAAUGUUCUGCUGGCCUCAGCUGAACCUUUUCCUCAGGUGAAGCUCUGUGACUUUGGCUUUGCUCGCAUCAUCGGGGAGAAGUCAUUCCGCCGCUCGGUGGUCGGCACACCGGCCUACCUGGCCCCGGAGGUUCUCCGCAGUAAAGGGUACAACCGGUCUCUGGACAUGUGGUCCGUGGGCGUGAUCGUCUACGUCAGUCUGAGCGGAACGUUCCCCUUCAACGAGGACGAGGACAUCAACGACCAAAUCCAGAACGCUGCCUUCAUGUACCCACCCAACCCCUGGAAGGAGAUCUCAGAAGAUGCUAAAGACCUGAUCAACAACCUGCUGCAGGUGAAGAUGAGGAAGCGUUUCAGCGUGGACAAGUCGCUCAGCCACCCCUGGCUGCAGGACUACCGGACCUGGCUGGACCUCAGGGAGUUUGAGACACGUCGAGGCGAGCGCUACAUCACCCAUGAGAGCGACGACGUGCGGUGGGAGGAGUACGCCGAUGAGCGAGGGCUGCACUACCCCAACCACUUCAUCAUGUCGCCCAACCUGGACGACAUGGACGAGGACCCCUAGAGGAGGCCGUUACCAUGACGAUGCAGGAUGGGGACGGGUGAUGCUGAGGGGUCAUCCUGGUCCAGAGAACAUCUUACAAAGCCAUAACGAAAACCUGAGAGCUGAGUUCUGAAAAGUAGCUAAAUAAUAAUAACAGAUUCAUUAGUGUGCAGAAAUAUCAGGGUGGCUUUGUUCUUUUAUUUAAUAGAGCUGACAUUAAAGAAGAACUCAUCAGCGCCCUCUUCAGGUUACAAUCCUCAGUAUGGAAACAAGGUGAAAGUGUCCCACCCAGAAUUAAAUUUAUCUCCGGUUUUAUUCUCAGAAAGUGAACCACUAAUGACAUUCACAGCUUCAUCUAAUAUUAAUAAUCCAUAAUCAGGACCCAGAGGCCCCACUCUGCUGAUUAAUUUCCUGAAGUUCUGAUUAAUCUGGCGAUGUUUUCCUAAUCCCAGGAAUUUUGUUUCAACAGCAGGGGAACCAGUUUUACAUCAGAUCCAAAAGAAAAUGAUUUGAAAUAAGAAGAAAGCUGCAGCAGCUGCUGAGCCCUGAAUAGAAACUGUUUUUAUGGGUUUAAAACUGAUGGCUGAUGCUAAAAAGGUCACUGAACCGAUUAACCUUUAAAUGGAAACUACAGAAACAAGUCAGGAUUUCAGGAGAUUUAAGACAAGUUAAAGUUCCUGACCUGACGCCUACAGAUGAGUUAAACUCUGCUUCUUCCUGAUCUCAGCUCAGAUCUCCAUCUGGAGCUAAAUCCCGGCAGGAGAUCCAGGUCUUGGAAGUCCACACAGCCAGAUUGGUUUGAAUUGCAAUAAUCUCAUCACUGUUUCUUUAAAUCUGCCUCUAGAUGGCGCUAACCCCCCCCCCCCCCCGAAUGCUCGUUUAAAGAACGCAGCUGCAGCAGUUUUAUUGUUAUUAAAGGAUUUUUGUCCUUUUAACCAAGCUGUGAGUGAUGUUAGAUGUUUGCUGGAUCUGCUGUGAGAUCAUCUCAGAGACAAUAUUUUCCUGAAGACUUUUAAUCUGAUCUGCUGAUGAAGGCGAGCUGAGAAUCAAGCUGCUGCUUCCUCUUUCUGACUCUAAACUGAAAUCUGACUUCAACCUGAGAAUUUUUAUAUUUUUGUAGCAGAAAAUCUUCUCUCCUGUUCUGGAUGGUAUAAAUUAAAGCUGAACUGGGAACACUG